UACUGAUCCUUCCUUGCUUCAGACAACCAUGGCCUUUAAACCCUAUGUUUCCACUUCUGUCAGCACAACUUUCCUCAUCUUUCUACUACCAUUUUUGUUCUCUUCGGAGGCCUUGGCCGCGCAUGUCUGUGAUUCCACUCCUUAUCCAUCCUUAUGUCGAUCCUCUCUUCCCAAUAACAACAAUGCCAAAGUCCAUGACUAUGGCCAAUCUUCGUUCACCACUUCCUUAUCAACAGCUCGUGCAUUUCUGUCAUUAACACAAAAAUUUCUUGACAGAAGCUCCGGUUUGCCAUCCGGAGCUGUGGCUGCUCUUGAAGAUUGCAGGUUACUGGCUGAGCUAAACGUUGAUUAUAUACUUGAAUCGUCCACAAUUACAAAACAAGCUGAGACGUUGUCUGUUGCUCAAGCUGACACCGUUCAUACGUUAAUGAGUUCAGUUUUAACCAAUACGCAGACUUGUUUAGAUGGACUUGAACAAACUGCUUCGACUUGGAGUCUUAAAGAUGGAGUAUCCGUGCCUCUUGUUAAUGCAACUAAGAGUUAUAGUCUUUCUUUAUCGCUUUUCAAAACCGGAUGGGUUUCAAAAACAAAAAGAGUCUCAUCUCAUACUCCAAGGAGAAGAGGCGCAUUUGCACAGGGUAGAUUUCCCUUUAAGACAUCUGACAAAAAUAAAGCGAUUUUUGAAAAAAUAGGUCGAAGACAUCUACUACAAGAUGAUGGUGAUUAUAUUGUGGUGAGCGACAUUGUGGUCGUGAGUCAGGAUGGAACAGGGAACUUUACAACCAUCAAUGAGGCCUUAACUUUGGCUCCCAACAAAACUUUAGCUAGUGAUGGCUACUUUGUGAUAUAUGUCACGGCUGGGGUGUACGAAGAAUAUGUGUCCAUUCCAAAGAACAACAAGUACGUGAUGAUGAUUGGGGACGGAAUUAAUCAGACAGUGAUCACAGGCGACCGUAGCACUGCUGAUGGCUUCACAACUUUCAACUCUGCAACAUUUGCUGUAGUAGGACAGGGAUUUGUGGCCGUGAAUAUAACAUUCCGGAACACAGCAGGGGGAGCAGAUCACCAGGCAGUUGCCAUGAGAAGUGGCGCGGAUAUGUCAACAUUCUAUAGCUGCAGCUUUGAAGGGUAUCAAGAUACGCUAUAUACACACUCCAACAGGCAAUUCUACACAGAAUGUGACAUAUAUGGCACAGUCGACUUCAUAUUUGGCAACGGAGCAGCUAUGCUACAAGACUGCAACAUCUAUCCGCGUCUGCCUCUGGCUAAUCAAUUCAAUGCCAUAACUGCACAAGGAAGAACUGAUUUGACACAGAACACAGGCAUUUCAAUACAGAACUGUAAUAUUAGAGCGGCUGAUGAUCUGGCAUCAAGCAAUGGAGGCACGCAGACUUAUCUCGGGAGGCCUUGGAAACAGUAUUCGCGGACAGUGUAUCUGCAAUCUUUUAUGGAUAGUUUGAUAAACCCUGUUGGUUGGCAUGAAUGGUCUGGAAAUUUUGCCUUGGAUACUUUGUAUUAUGCGGAGUUCAGCAACACAGGGCCUGGAUCAAACACUAGUGGCAGAGUUACAUGGCCAGGUUAUCACAUUAUUAAUGCAACAGAGGCUGCUGAUUUUACAGUUGCUAACUUUAUAUCUGGGGAUAGCUGGUUACCUCAAACUGGAGUGCCUUAUUCAAGCGGCUUAUAACUGUGAAAGGCCAGCUUAUUUUCCGCGUUCUUGAUUUUACGCUGGAAUCUUUAAAAGAGAAACAAGCUGUUACAAUUCAAAUUUAUACUCGGUGGUUAGGAUUAUUGACAGAUUCAUCAUCUGGAAAAUAUACCUUCAGUUAUGUAUUAAUUUUUGUUCAUUUUGCACUUGUUCUCGGAAAUAUGUUACGCCUUCGGUUCCAAUCAUUUCUUUACG